UCCGUAAAAAAACUAUCCCUUGUGCGCAUGUUCAGUAUUUCCUGCAUGUUUUCCUUGCUGAUGUUGCACCAGAAAUGUGAAUUUAUCAGUGUUUACCUUUCUUUUUAUUAGUUGACAGCUUUUCGGUCACCAUGAAAACAAGAUUCACCACCGUGGAUAUCAGGGCAGUUAUUGCCGAGAUCAAUGCCAACUACAUUGGCAUGAGAGUAAACAACGUGUACGACAUCGACACCAAGACGUAUCUCAUCCGCCUGCAAAAGCCUGACAGCAAAGCUAUUCUCCUGAUUGAGUCUGGGAGUCGUAUUCACUCCACAGACUUCGAAUGGCCCAAGAACAUGAUGCCUUCGGGCUUCGCAAUGAAAUGUCGAAAACACCUGAAGUCACGGCGGUUGACCCAAAUUAAGCAGCUCGGGAUUGACAGGAUUGUUGACAUCCAGUUUGGCUCAGAUGAGGCUGCCUACCAUUUGAUUAUUGAACUGUAUGACAGGGGUAACGUCAUUCUUGCAGAUCAUGAGUACACCAUCCUAAACCUGCUGCGGUUUCGUACAGCAGAGGCAGAAGAUGUUAAGAUUGCUGUUAGAGAGCGGUACCAUGUGGAGAGUGCCCGACCGCCUGAAGCUCUCAUCAGUUUAGAGCGACUCACUGAAAUCCUCAGCAAAGCACCAAAUGGAGAGCAAGUGAAACGGGUCCUGAACCCUCACCUUCCCUAUGGAUCCACUCUGAUAGAACACAGUUUGAUAGAGGUGGGACUGCCGGGCUCUGUCAAAGUUGACAGCCAAGUUGAUGCUGCCCAAGUUGCACCUAAAAUCCUGGAAGCCUUGAAGAUUGCAGAAACCUAUAUGGAAAAAACGGAAAACUUCAGUGGCAAAGGUUACAUCAUACAAAAGAGUGAGAAGAAACCAAGCUUAACUCCUGGCAAACCCAGCGAAGAACUGCUCACAUAUGAUGAAUUCCACCCAUUUCUCUUUGCCCAGCAUGCAAAGAACCCCUAUUUGGAGUUUGAUACUUUUGAUAAGGCAGUGGAUGAAUUCUUUUCUAAGAUGGAGAGUCAGAAGAUUGACAUGAAGGCCUUGCAGCAGGAGAAACAGGCUCUGAAGAAGUUGGAGAAUGUUAAAAGGGACCACGAGCAGAGACUGGAGGCCUUGCACCAAGUACAGGAGGUGGACAGAAUAAAGGGAGAACUGGUGGAGAUGAACCUGCCUGUGGUGGAGAGGGCGCUGCAGGUGGUGCGCAGUGCACUGGCGAAUCAGGUGGACUGGACUGAAAUCGGCAUUAUCGUCAAAGACGCACAAACUGCAGGUGACCCGGUGGCCUGCGCCAUCAAGGAGCUGAAGCUGCAAACCAAUCAUAUCACCAUGCUUUUAAAAAAUCCAUAUAUUUCUGAGGAAGACCAGGAAGAGGAAGAGAAAAAAGAUGUGAUGGAGGUGAAAGGGAAGAAAAACAAAAAUAAAGACAAAGGACAGAACAAGAAGGUGCAAAGGAACAAGCCCAUGUUGGUGGACGUGGAUCUUGGCCUGUCGGCUUAUGCCAAUGCCAAAAAGUACUAUGACUUUAAACGCACAGCUGAAAAGAAGGAACAUAAAACCAUGGAAGCAGCAGAUAAGGCUAUGAAAUCCGCAGAGAAAAAAACACAAAAAACACUGAAAGAGGUUCAGACUGUGACCACCAUUCAGAAGGCCAGGAAAGUCUACUGGUUUGAGAAGUUCUUGUGGUUCAUCAGCUCAGAGAAUUAUCUCGUCAUCGCAGGAAGAGAUCAGCAGCAGAACGAGAUAAUUGUCAAACGCUACCUCCGGGCAGGUGAUGUCUAUGUUCAUGCUGACCUCCAUGGAGCAACUAGCUGUGUCAUCAAGAAUCCUUCAGGUGACCCCAUCCCUCCUCGUACCCUGACAGAAGCUGGCACUAUGGCUGUGUGCUACAGUGCUGCCUGGGAUGCUAAGAUCAUCACCAGCGCUUGGUGGGUUCAUCAUCAUCAGGUGUCUAAAACAGCUCCCACUGGAGAGUACCUGACCACUGGAAGUUUCAUGAUCAGAGGAAAGAAAAACUUUUUGCCACCUUCUUACUUGAUUAUGGGCUUCGGAUUCCUCUUCAAGGUCGAUGAGCAGAGUGUGUUUCGGCACCGAGGGGAGAGAAAGGUGAAGACUGUAGAGGAGGACAUGGAGGACGUCACAUCCAGAACUGCUGAGCUGUUAGAGGAGGGAGAGGAGCUGAUAGGUGAUGACAGCAGUAAUGAAGAUCAGGGUGAGGAAAGGGAGGGAGGACAUGGAGAGACGGUAAAGCAGAUUAAAAAGGUGGUUGAAGGGGUGGAUGGUGCGGGAGGAGAACUGGCUGCUGUUCCUGAAGAGGACGACAUUGAGGCGGAGCGAGAGGAGGAUGGGGAGGAAGACAGCAGUGAGGAGAAGGAGAUGAAGAAUGAAGAAAGUGAAGAAUUCAGCUUCCCGGAUACAACCAUCUCCCUCUCUCAUUUACAGCCCAGCAGGAAUACUCAGAACCCUGGUUUCAAAAAGGAAGUGACCGCUCAGGUUGAAGUAGACUCACAAGGGAGGAAACACAUGACUGCCAAGCAGAGAAGAGAAGAGAAGAAGAAGAAGCAGAAUCAGGAAGGGUGCGACACUGAGGAGAAGACUGAGAUUUCAUCUGCUGGAUCAGCAGUCGAUCAGGGAUCCAAAGGUGGAGGAGGCCCCUCCCAGCAGCCACCCAAGAGAGGCCAAAAGAACAAGUUAAAGAAGAUUAAAGAGAAGUACAAGGACCAGGAUGAAGAGGACAGGGAGCUGAUGAUGCAGCUGCUCGGGUCAGCGGGUUCCACCAAGGAGGAGAAGGACAAGGGGAAGAAAGGAAAGAAGGGGAAGGGUAGAGACGAACCCAUCAGGAAAGCAGCGCCUCAGAAGCAACCCCCGAAACCCCGUAACGUGGAGGCCGCAGUGACAGGAGGAGGUGAGGGGGAUGAGGAGACACCGCUUGGAGAGGAGGCCGGUCUUGCCGAGGAGGACAAGGAAGAUGAUGUGGACCAAGACAAUCCUGGAGCAGAGGAAGCAGAGGAUCUGCUCACCUCUCUGUCGGGCCAGCCCCAUGCUGAAGACGUGCUGCUGUUUGCGGUGCCGGUCUGUGCUCCAUACACCGCCCUGUCCAACUACAAACACAAGGUGAAACUGACACCAGGUUCUCAGAAGAAAGGAAAAGCUGCACGCACUGCAGUUUUGAGCUUCAUGAAAGCCAGAGAUGCCUCAACCAGAGAGAAAGACCUGUUCCGCAGUGUCAAGGAUACUGAUUUAUCCAGAAACAUGCCAGGCAAAGUUAAAGUGUCUGCUCCAAACCUGCUGGCUGCCAAGAAGAAAAGAGACGGGUGAACAGAGAGUGUGACACGGCCAACUCCAUCUACAUUUCAAGCAUGAGCAAUACCGGUUAAGAUCUGAUCAUCAGCGUAUAGUUCCCUUGUUGGAUAUCAAUUUUAUUUUAAUUAUACAAAGCUAAAAAAAACAGAACUUAUGGUAUGUGUUUAUUCUUUGAGUAUGAAGUAACAGUAUCCAUACAAUUCUACAAUAAAAAACACUAAGGGAACAUUGUGCAAAUCAGGCAAAUACAAACAAAGCCCUACUGACAUUAGGCAUUUCAGUGCAACGUGGCUCAACAUCCAAUACACUUAGGGUAAUGUUAAGUUUUUGUUAAAACAAGAUUUAAAUGCUACAGGAGCCAUUCAUGACAAUUUAAAAAGGCUUUAAAAGCCCAUUUUAGAAUAAAGAACUCACAUUUCCUCAACUAUAUAAAUACACAUAAAUAAAAAUGAACAUUUCUGGGGGUUCAAAGAAGAUAUUCUUGCAUAACAAAGCACUAGUUUUAGGUCUGUGAGAACUUAAACUACAACAUUUAGCAAACCUCUGUAUUAAAGAGUGUGCCAAACUGUUAAAGCAAUCAUUAAAGCAGCAGGUUCCCUAAAAUUCUGCACUGUUAAAGCAAACAUGUUUCAGCCUUGCACCACUGUGUUUAGUGUUAAGACAGACUAUUUUCAGUUGGUUCAAUUUCAUAGGAAAACCCAUUGAAACAGCAAUGUCGAGCGACUGGAGUAUGGCGGUUGUUCUCCAAGACUCUUUCCUUGACUCUUGGGUAUACCUACACAAUGUGCUACAAUCUUGUGGAGGAAAGGAAAGUCCUGCCCAAUUUCCAAACUAUUUUCCCACACUAGCCCCCAUAACACGGUAUUUUCUCACAGGGUUUCUUUCUAUGGUUUUCAUGAAACGCUGAUCAUGAGAUUGUGUUUUUUAUUUAUAAUCUAAGUUUAGGGAGGUACUGUAUCUACUACUUUACUGGCUAGUACAAUAUUAACACCUUGUAUUAAUAAGAUAAAAUAUAUUUUUGUGAGCAUUAAACAAAACCUCUCUUAAACACAGAAGCACAGUCAUAACAUCACUGUACUUCGUUACUAAAUGCUGACAAAAAUAUUUUAUCUUAAUCAAGUUUACUUAUCCAGCACAGAAGUAGCAAUCCAUUUACCUUGGAAAACGUAAAUAAAAACGAUGCCAUUAUAUUUUGGCUUUGCAGAAGAAUGUAUGCCUAGCAAAGAAAUUGGAUUUUUCUAGAUUUUCUGCUCUCUUUUGAUGUGCUGUGCAUCAUCUGCACUGCUACACCACUAAAGAUUCUACUGGCUUUGCAACGGUUUGACCUAUAAGAAAUUAUACAAAAAA